AUGGUCCACGUCGCCUUCUAUCGCAACUAUGGCAAGACCUUUAAGAGGCCUCGUCGUCCGUUCGAGAAGGAACGGCUCGACGCGGAGCUGAAGCUGCUCGGAGAGUAUGGUCUGCGUUGCAAGCGUGAGCUGUGGCGCGUGCAGUACGUUCUCUCGCGUAUUCGUAAGAACGCUCGCGAGCUGCUCACGCUCGACGAGAAGAGCACUCGCCGCAUCUUCGAGGGUGAGGCUCUGCUGCGCCGCAUGCACCGCUACGGUCUGCUGGAGGAGAGCCAGAACAAGCUCGAUUACGUGCUCGCCCUGACUGUCGAGAACUUCCUGGAGCGUCGCCUUCAGACCCUCGUCUUCAAGACCGGCCUCGCCAAGUCCAUCCAUCACGCCCGUGUCCUCAUCCGCCAGCGCCACAUCCGGGUGGGGAAGCAGAUUGUGAACAUUCCGUCCUUCCUCGUGCGACUCGAGAGCCAGAAGCACAUCGACUUCGCUCUGACCAGCCCGUUCGGCGGUGGCAGGCCAGGCCGUGUGAAGCGCAGAAACCUCAAGGCUGCCUCCAAGAAGGGCGGUGAUGAUGGCGAUGAUGAGGAGGAAGAUUAUCCAAAUCCAGAUUCUCCUGUCUGCAUGCUCGCCUUCUCCCCGCAAGCCCCAAGUGUGCGUCUCACGUUCUCCUUGCCCUCCCCAUCGACUCCUUGCCUCGUUCGCGCCGUGUCUGCUCGCGGCGUCCACAUGCGCCUUGCUCCUGCAUGCGCUGCGCCGUCUCUUCUGUUCUACAUCCGCAGUCUACUCUCCCCCUCCCCCUUCCUUUUCUCUUCCGCCGCAUCCCUCUUCUACAACCUUCUCUAUCGACCACUCUGUCCUUCCCUUUUCGUCUCUCGCGAGCCGUUCCACUCUGAAGCUUCCUUCUUCACGCCUCGUCUUCCCCUCUCUCCAUUGCAAUGCAUAGAGGAGUGCAGGAAGUUUCUCAGCAACUACCGCGAUGGGGAAGGCAUCUUCAAGUACAUGCGAUUGCUGCAAGACGUGGCGGAUCGCAAGCUCCACGUCAUCAACAUCCACAUGGCAGAUCUCGUUGCGUACGGGGGGGGCAGCAACGACGAUCUGGUGGCGCGCAUCUACAGCAACGCGCGGCGCUACAUCACGCUCUUUGCCGAGGCGGCAGACGACCUCAUGCCGGAGCCGUCGCUGGCAGGGGGCGGGGAGGAGAGGGAGGAGGACGUGUACGACGUGCUCAUGAGGCAGCGCGCGGAGCAGCACGCGGAGAACCUCGCUCAGGGCGACGCUGCUGUGGCCGCCAUCGACCCGCUCUUCCAGCUGCCCGCGCUGCUGCGCCGCCGCUUCGACCUGCACUUGGUACCGGAGCCGAAGCGCAAGGCGCAGGCGAUACGGGAGGUGGGGGCGGGGCAGAUAGGGCGCCUGGUGGUGGUGAAGGGCAUCGUCACACGCUGCACGGACGUGAAGCCGCUGCUGCAGGUUGCCACGUACACAUGUGAUGAGUGUGGCUUCGAGAUCUACCAGGAGGUGACAGCACGCACGUUCAUGCCACUGUUUGAGUGCCCGUCCACGCGCUGUCGCACCAACAACGCACGGGGCAGGCUGCACCUGCACACGCGCGGCUCUAAGUUCCAGAAGUUCCAAGAGGCGCGCAUACAGGAGCUAGCAGAGCAGGUGCCCAAGGGGCAUGUGCCGCGCGCCAUGACAGUGCAGAUCAGGGGCGACCUCACCCGCCAGGUAUCACCGGGAGACGUGGUGAGUGUGGCGGGGGUGUUCCUGCCGGUGCCCUUUGUGGGGUUCAAGGCCAUGCGCGCAGGCCUCACGGCCGACACGUACCUGGAGGCCAUGUCCUUCCACCACUCCAAAAAGCGCUUCUCCGAGUAUGCGAGUGAGCAGACGCCAGAGGAGGCAGCGGCGGUGCAGCAGCUGGCAGCGCAGGGCAGCAGCGACGUGUACAGCCGCCUCGCCCGCUCCAUUGCGCCGGAGAUCUACGGCCACGAUGACGUGAAGAAGGUGCUGCUGCUGCUGCUCGUGGGGGCGCCCACCCGCACCCUGCCCGAUGGCAUGAAGAUCCGUGGGGACGUGCACGUGUGUCUGAUGGGCGACCCCGGGGUGGCCAAGAGCCAGCUGCUCAAGCACAUCGUCACAGUGGCGCCCAGGGGCGUGUACACCACCGGCAAGGGCAGCAGCGGCGUGGGGCUCACUGCUGCCGUCACACGUGACACUGUCACCGGCGAGAUGGUGCUGGAGGGCGGCGCUCUGGUGCUAGCGGACAUGGGCAUCUGUGCCAUCGACGAGUUUGACAAGAUGGACGAGAACGACCGCACCGCCAUCCAUGAGGUGAUGGAGCAGCAGACGGUGAGCAUAGCCAAGGCGGGCAUCACCACGUCGCUCAAUGCUCGCACCGCCGUGCUGGCCGCUGCCAACCCCGCCUGGGGGCGCUAUGACAUGAGGAGAACCCCAGCGGAGAACAUCAACUUGCCGCCCGCACUGCUCUCCAGAUUCGAUAUUCUCUGGCUCAUGCUCGACCGCGCUGAUGUGGACGCUGACCUGGCGCUCGCCCGCCACGUGCUGCACGUGCAUCAGCACUCCUCGCCGCCCGCUCUUGACUUUGAUCCCGUUGACCCAACGCUGCUCAGGAACUUCAUAGCGACGGCACGGACGUACGAGCCGAGUGUGCCGGAGGAGCUGACGGACUUCAUAGCGUCGGCCUACGCGGGGCUGCGGCAGGAGGAGGCGGCCAGCGAUGCCCCUCACACCUACACCACCGCGCGCACCCUGCUCUCCAUCCUGCGCCUCGCUGAGGCACGGGCGCGGCUGCGGCUGGCGGGGGCGGUGGCGCAGAGCGAUGUGGAGGAGGCGCUGAGGCUGAUGCACGGGUCCAAGGCGUCACUGCAGACGGAGGCCCGGCAGCGCGCAGGGCUGGACGCCAUCUCCGCCGUCUACUCCAUCGUGCGGGACGAGGCUGCGCGUGCGCGCUGCACCGUGGUGUCCUACUCUGACGCCCUCAACUGGAUCACCCGCAAGGGGCACAGCGAGGUGGAGCUGAGGGAGUGUUUGGAGGAUUAUGCGGAGCUCAACGUGUGGCAGAUAGACCAGGACUCCCUCACCAUCCGCUUCAUUGACUCUUGA